CUAACGGGGUGGGUAUGACCAACAUACAGUCGUCAUGGCUGCCUCUCUGGUUCGAUGGCUGAAGAGACUGUGCGUUUUCUUGUUAAUAUGCCCCCUCUGUGUUCCAGCGUUCCUAAAUUUGGAGGAGCUGAACGAGAUGAGAUAUGGGAUUCAGAUUCUCCCCGACCCCGUCAUCUUGGGCCAGACUAAAACAGAGGAAGUGAUGAUGGUGUCCAGUAAAUACAAGCAGCUGUACGAGUGUCGGCUUCCAGCCCAGGCCCUGAGGUUCUACCAGGACUCUGCCUCUGAGCCAGAAUCUCACGGCUACACCGGACCAGACAUUCCAGACCUGCUCAGUCCUAUGCAGGACGCCCCAUGUCUACUGAAGACCAAGGACUGGUGGACUUAUGAGUUUUGUCACAGUCAGCACGUCAGACAGUACCACCUAGAAGACACAGAAAUCAAAGGUGACGUCCUGUUUCUCGGUUACUACGAGUCUGAAUUUGAUUGGAGCAACGAAACAGCGAAGGCCUCCAAGCAGCACAGAUUGAAGCGUUACCACAGUCAGCGCUACGUGAACGGCUCCAAGUGUGACCUCAAUGGAAAUCCCAGAGAGACUGAAGUCAGGUUUGUCUGUGAGGAAGGCUCGAGUGACUACAUCGCUCGAGUGGACGAACCACAGUCGUGCCACUACGUACUGACCGUUCACACCAGCCGCACUUGUCAGCAUCCAUUCCUGCGACCGCCUACCACUGCCAAACCCCAGGGCAUCGUGUGCCAGCCGGCACUGAGCGCUCAGCAGUACAUGGACUAUGUCAAGGCUCAAGUGUCCGAUACAAAGCGUAAAGUGGAGCAGAUCUCUGAGGAGCUGAGAAGUCUGGACGAAAUGUUGGCUGUGAAAGAAGGCAGUGACAGAAAGGCUGAAGAACCGGUUGAGGAGACAUCAAAGGAAUCCACUGCUACUGCUGACACGGAAGAUGCUGUUGAUGUGUCGGAUGAUGAUGCUCUGUCUGAAGAAGAGGCAGAAGACUCUGAAUUUUGGGAGGGAGUCACGAAACCAGGGAGAUCCAGAACCAGUGCUUCUCAAUCGGACGGUCAGGAUACAGAUGGUGUGGAUAAUGAGGUGAACUCUCACACAGAGAAUGAUGAAGAUGAUGAAGAUGAUGAUGUUGAUGAUGGAGAGAAAUUCAACUUCAAAAUCAUCACUGACCCAGCAGACCUGAUGAAGUUCGUCCAGCACCUCAAAGAGAGUAACAGAAAGAGAGCACAAAACCAGGACAGAAGUCAGCGAGAGAAGGCAGGGAGCGUCACGGCGACAGACGGGGAAGGUGACAGAGAUGAAGACGAAGAUCUGCUGCAGGACUUUGAGGAGGAAAUCUCUGACCUGUCUGUGCCAACUGAGAAGAUUCAAGAAAUAAAGCAGGAGAUGCAGAAGGAGUUUGACAACAUCAUAAAUGAGGCCGAGCAGGAACUGGAGACUGAGGGCCUGAAAGGGGAAUUUGACCGCUCUCAAGCAACACAGACACUGGAGACCACACUGGACAAGCUUCUGGACCAUCUGGAGGAAAAGGACACCCAGGACCAGGACCAGCAAACACCAAGAGGUCAACAGAGCAGUGAUCCCACCAGGGGCAGCCCCAGCCUGGCUCCUAAACAGCCAGACCAAGCGGCUGACGACCAUGUUAAGAUCAAAAUAACUAAGUAUAAGACGGGCCACAGCCCUGAUGGGGAGGUCAAAGUUCAAGAAUUGGGCGAAGGAGACCCCCAGUGGAAGCACAUUAAGGACGUGGUUAAAGAGCAGCUAGAGAAAGCAGGACUGAAGCCUGAAGGUAAAAUUGAGGUAAAAAUCUUGACACGAAAGAACGCAGAAGAGUCCGGUGAUCAGUGGCUGACAGAAGAAGACACAAAGUCCUUCAGGGAACUGCUCAUAAAUCUACUGACAGGAGGAACAGAAGAGGUCUACAAGGAGCAGAAAAGGCAGCAGGAGCUGGAGAACAACUACCGCUUUGUGUGGGGAGAGUCUCAGGAGGAGUCCAAGUCGUCCAGCAACUCUGACUCCGACGAUGUGGACAUUUGAACUUUCGCUCCGUGACUUCAGUGAACCUCUGAUGAAGAUUAGCUCCUGUGGAGACUGGAGGAGAGGAGACCGAAGUGCGGAAGCAUAUUAAAAAAAAAAACAGCAAAAGGUCUCGAAGAUUGUGUAAUUGCCUCAAGAUCCGGCAUAUAAUCAACUCUCCUGUUUGCACAUACAUCAAAAACGGCACGGUGUUGUUUGACUUGGCAGUGUGUGUGUGUGUGUGCGUCCUGACGAGGCACCGUUUAUGACACACCAAACUGCAGCGUGGUAGCAGUUAUGUGUUUUCCCUUUUUGUUGGGAUUCAGUUUUGGGAGAAAAAUCCAGUGACCGUACCUGUUCAUUUUCCGCUCAGUUUUAAUGUGGUUCUUUAAUUCUGAGACGAUACAGGUGUCCCAUACUACUGCUUCGUUCACGUCUCACUUGUUUCCAGUUUUUCGACACCGUGUUUGACAACUGUUUGUGAUGAUACUUUUCUAUUAAAAAGAUUAAAAAAAAAAAUUAAAGAAAAAAA